AUGAGGUCCCUGUUGAAGCUGGUUGUGAUUCUGUUUUGCGUCCAGAGAGGAGAGAGCCACUUGCUGAGAUCACUGAUUGGUCAAAAACAAGAGACAGCAUCUCCACACGCAUCACCAAAUGAUAACAAGAAAAACAGAGAUCCAGCUGCAGAAGAUGGCCCAGCAGAAGUUUCUGCAUUCGGGCCAUCAUUCGAUCCAAUCAUUCCAAUCCCAGUCCGGUCCCGUCGCUCCCCUCUAGACUCCCAGUGUGGCCUGCGCUCCAUCCUGCUGCAGGUUCGGGACCUCGGGCUGGGCUACGACUCAGACGAGACCGUCCUCUUCAAGUACUGCAGUGGGACGUGUCCCCACGUUCGCUCCAACCACGACCUCACCCUUACCAACCUGCUGCUAAGUGGGGUCCUCCCUCAACCAGCACCUGGGGAGCUGUGGCACAACACGCCCUGCUGCAGGCCCACCCACCACGAGGACAUGGCCUUCCUCGAUAACUCGCACCGCUGGCACAAGGUGGAGAAGCUGUCGGCCGCGGGCUGCAGCUGCGUGGGCUAG